GACCAGUUCGUGAACGAAGUGGUCGUACAGCAACAUCCAGUUAUCAUGACUGAUCACGACAAGACUAUUAAAGUCAUUUGCUCUUUCGAAACUCAAGAAAGAACGUAUACUAUGGCUGGACCAGGAGUAGGAGGUUCUGGAGUGGACGUCGCGAGGACAUACCAUAAAGCUCCUCUAACAGCUGUUGUGACAAAUACAGCACCUCCACCAAAUGUAGCGAUGAGAGUCCUGGACAGAACAGGAAGAGAUGCCAGAGCCGUAGGUCUUGGAGAGGAACUUACGCUUAAAAUUGAGCUGAGAGAAUCAUCCAGUGCGUUUGCUAUAUUUGCUCGAAAUCUAUACGCUCGCAGCUCAAACGGUGAAUCAUUAUUCUUAAUAGAUAGCACUGGGUGUCCAACAGAUCCUACUAUUUUCCCAGCCCUACAAUUAGAUCCUAGUGAUCAAAAAUCAUUAUUAUCUACAUUCAAGGCUUUCCGAUUCCCAUCCUCGGGUAUGGUUAAUUUUGAGGUCCAAAUUCGUUUUUGCCAAGAAAAGUGCGAACAAGUACGAUGUGGAGGAAAAGGUCCAUCAUAUGGAAGAAAAAAGCGAGAUCUGAAAGAAGAAGAAGAAAUAUCUUUAACUUUCAACAAUAUAUCAAAUCCUUCUCUUUUAGACGAUGAAGAUGUUUACUUUGAUCAUGAUAAUGUCGAUUCAAUUCGAGCUGUUGUUCAAGAUGAUUCCCCAUCCAUCGUCUUCUCACCAUCUGAACAAUUACAUAACAAAGGAAAAGAAAUAUAUAAGUCAGAAAAGUAUCAGUAUACAUUAGAUGAAGAACAAGGAAGUCCCACUACCACUUUCCCUACAAGGGUUUAUGGAAUUUAUAGAAACAUUGCAGAAUUCGAAAAUAAUUCCAAUGGUGACAAAGGUACUGAAGUUGAUCGUCAUUCGGAAACAAAGGAAACUGACUCUGAAGAAUACAGUUUGUAUCAAAGUUCUUCAACUGAACGGGAAGGAAUCCAGCAUGAAACAACGCCACUGAUGAAAAGUGAUAAUACAGAAAAACUAACAAAUAGACAACAUAUUGAUAAAUCAGAAAAUAUACCAGUUUUGAAAGAACACUUAAUGUCAAAAUCGUAUCAAAAUGAGAACGCAUUCGAGCUGGAUACAAUCUCAGAAGAUUCUGCCACUUACGCAGAAAUAUCCAUGGGAACUAGCAGCUCCAGUUUUGAUGAAAAUAAACGCACACAGAGCACUAAUUAUGUUACAGGUACAACGACAGAUACAACGGAAUCCUUAUCUACGGAAACAGAGAAACAGUCUGAUUCUUCGACUUCUCAAAUUCAGAUAUUUGACAAUCCAGUCAAAGAAACUUACACAAGUAAAUCAGAAAACAAUACACCUACAAAACAGGCAGCAAUUCAAAAGCCUACUCUUUCAUCUAGUUUCAGUAGAAAAUUUGCUUUCAUUCACAAUGAAGAUAUAAUUAACAGCACUAAUGGGUAUACGACUCCUUUUCCUUCUAAUGACCAGACAACAACAGAAAAUAACCUUUCACCUAAUAUAAAUAAAACUCAGUAUCAUUCAAAUCAAAAUGAGAAAGGAUCUUUUCUUAGACCAGAUUUGAAAAGUUUCAGUGAAUUUCAUUCGUCAAGAACAUCUCAGAAUCGAGCCCCUCCAUUCUACGUUAACGAAAGAUGGCCAGAAGUACGAAAUAAAGAUCCAUUUUCAUCAGUACGAAAUCCAUAUUCUGCUCCAAAUUAUAGAAAUGAAGGUUAUGAUGGAACGCUACAAAGAAACAAAGGCCAGGAUUCGCCUAACCAUCAGGAUAGAGACAGAAUUCAACCUCUCCCUAUGAACCCUCAAAGACUAGUCGACAAUUCUAAUCCGCGAAGACCAUGGGAUGCACCAAGGCCGGUUCCUAGCCAUUCUCAUGUUUAUCCACCACUGCAAUCUCAACCAUUAGAAAUCCACGAAGUUUCUAACCCCUGGGAUGGCAGUAAAAUUCGCGAAUCUUCCAACAGACCAAUAUCUGGUCCUCAUUACAAUAUUUAUAAAUCACCAGCUGUAGAAAACGCAGAACCGCGAGUUGUUACAACGCCACAGAGUUUGCAAGACAGACCACGAGAGCGAAAAAACGGAAAUAUGAAUAUGUGGGGUUCUAACGGACAACACUCUCCCUCCAUACAGAUUCAACGUCCUUUCGAAAUUCUAGAUCACCCAAAUCAGAGACACGAUAGGCAUCCUAGUUACCCUUCUAUUAAUACACAAAAUAAUCAUCCAAGACCAGUUGAAAUACCAAAUAAUCAAGAUGCUAUGUACCAAGGUAAUCGGUAUGAUUAUAACAGACCUAAUAUACCUCAUCCUAGACCAAUAGAACUUCCUAAUCAGCCUAAUGUUCCCCCAAAUUGGAAUAUCAAUCAUAACAGAAUGAACAGCAUGCCAACCACACCAAUAGUAAAUGCUGAUCAAAGCGUUAAAAUAUGGAGUAAUAACAAUCCACUUCAAAAUACCAGACCUCCAAUUGGUAACCACAAUGGACCAGAAGAAAUUAAAUCAUCUCACAGACAGACGUAUCCUCAAAUUCCUCCCAUGCAGAAUCCUCCAAGAACAGACAACAGCUGGGGAUCCCAUGUAAACAGACAGAGCAAUUCGAAUUCUGCUCCAGGCCGAAAUAAUUUUUAUGCUUCCCAGCCACAAUAUCGACCAAGUGAGGUUGUUGCUACAACACAAAAGUCUGUUCCAGAGGAAGUUCCAUUAUCCUUAGCUAUAUUGGUGGGAGAAGAUGGCAAAAGUCAAAAUUCUGCAAACCAGAAACCGAAGCAACAAUGGAGACCACCUACACAGUUCAACAGAGGACUUCAAAGGCAUAAUAUCAUUAACACUCCACGGCCAGAAAAUCUGGAAGAAGACAAAGUAUGCACUUCCAAAUCCACGGUUAUUGCAACUGCAGUUUCCGUAACUCUUGUCUACCUUGGUGUAGUGGCAGGUGCCAUAGUGGGUUACAGAUGGCACAGAAAAAAUAAGAGAAGAAAAGCGAUGUCAACAAACCAUCCUGUUCAUUUUCCGCCAAAUCCGACAAAUGCAAAUGUCACAUAUAGCACACCGGAUGUGACGUUCAGGAAUGUGUAUGGAAACUUUCCAGUCAGCUCUACUUCAACAACAUAAUUUCUGAAGUAUUGUCUCUAGUUCAGAAUCUUGGAAAAAUCUUCAUCGAAUAAUCAUGGGAAGAGAGAUAUGCAAUUUAAACUCUAAUAGAUAUUACCAUAUUAAUAUCUAUUAAGUAUAAACUGAGAAAUUUGUGGACAGGUUCAAAAACAAACUGAAAUUUAGUUACCUGUUCCACAAAAUAAUUGGUCAUAAAAGAAGAACUUACUGAAAUGAACGCUAUGAUAUAAAAUUUUAAAAUCUCUCAUCUGACAAUGUGUAAACAUGUUAGCUAGGUGUUAAAAUAUAGAUGAGGGGGUAAUAUGAUUCUUACCCCAGCUGAUAAAUCAAAAGACAUACAUUGUUUGCUUAUGAAUACAUUUUUAGUUUUUAACACUAAACAAUCAGCAGAAUGUUCACAAGAUGAUGUGACCAACUGACAGGAAAUGAAGAAAAGGCUCAAAUUUAUGAACUGCAUAUUUGUUGUCUUCCAUGUUAAAGUCUUGCCUGUGUUUGGAAAUUGGAUAAAAGAACUUUUAUUUAAGAUAAAUGACUGCUAUUUACAACAGUAAAUUCUCCAUUCAUUCUUAUCCACAAUGUAAAUUAUUAUUAUUCCUGAGAAAUAAGCUAUCUAUGAUAUUUAUACAACAUAAUAAAUAUUUAAUGGCAAAUACAAUAAACGAAAGAAUAAGGCACACAAAACAUAAAUCGCAAAAUAAUUUUGACAAAAACACACUUCUAAAGAAUUAAAUAUAAUUUUACUAAAAUAUUUGUUACUUCAAAAAAGUCCCUAUUUCUUUAUACUUUUGUUUCCAGUUCAACUUUAUCCAAACAGAAUUUUAUUAUUACACUCUUAAUAUACAGAUAAUUUCCGUUUCUUAGGAGAAUCAUAAUCCACCAGGAUUGCACAUAUAUCCCAUUUUACUAAAAAAUUCAUUCUAAAACAAUACCAAAUAUUUUUUGUACUUUUGAUUAUUUUUUACUUGUAUUUUUCUUUCACUUCUCUAUCUCACAUUAAACUUUUAUUAGCAAAUUGCACGCUUUUUUACCAUUUACAGAACAGUUUUGAUUUCUAAUGUUGAAAAAUACUAACAUUUCAAUUCUUUCUGAUUUAAACUUUUAGAAGACAAUUUCAUUUACGAUACGUAAUUAAUAUAAUGUUCUCCUUUUUUCCCCUUUGUUUCUUUCAACUCAAAUUUUGUCCUACAUUUUCUUCCUCAAAAGUCUGGAAUUUAGAAAUCUAAUGAAGUUAAAUAAAGAGUAACCAAAAGUCAGAUUUCCAAAAAUGUUUUUAAAAUGCUGAAGACUUCUACAAAACAUUUAUGUAUAAAUAUUAAAAUCAUUUCUGACUAGAACUCUUACUUUUUUAUAAUCGCACUUAAUCUCCCAUGUUCAUAUAGCAGAUAAAGAUGUUUUCAAGAUUCUCAAAUUAUUUGAUGCCAGAUACAAAGACAAAAGACCAUACUGCUGUUUUCCCAUAUUGGUGUCAUGGCAGUUUAAGGUGUUAUGGAGCUUGGGUUAUUAAAAAAAAAAAAAAAAAAAAAAAAUACAGCUUUAGUUUAUUGCAUCUAAUUUGCUUCUAAUUGAACUUAAAACUGGAAUCAAGCCUUAUGUUCUUUUCUAUGCUUUAAUCAUAUACGACUGUGGUAUAGCUCUCACUGAGAGGAAAUUUCAUUAACAGUAUACGUGAUAACUUUUGCUGGAAUACUGGUUCUUGUAAUUUCAAGUCUCAAUAAAAUUAGUACUGUUUAUUUUUA